AUGGCAUUGGCCGAUUCGUCCCUCGGAGAGCUUCUACCUCCCGAAACUGCUGUGCAGUGGACUGAGACUGGCCUUCGAAUCAUUCCAUUUGAGGAAAACAUGGUCUUUCGCUAUCUGGAUAACCAUCCUGAAGCCCUCAAUACAUACCUGUACGAAAGACCAAAUGUUUUUGAUUCGAUUCUUCGAAAUCAUAGCAAUACACAAAUCCAGAGCCCCAGGCCCACCGUGGAGGCGUUGCCCAACUAUGCCCAAUUCAUGGGAAUGGACGAUCCUCAAUUGUCCAAUCUUGGACUGUUCGGUGGUGAAUCCAUGGGUUAUAAUGAACAAGAGUUUUGGAUCGCGAGCGACGGUGUGGGCGGUGAUGAGGGUGUUUUCAUACCAAAUGCUGCCCUAGAGCAAGGAACUCUAGCCUCACCCAUUCCCUCGUUUGACAACUCAUCAGAGUCUGAGGUAGAGUCCAUCGCUUCACCAGAAAACGCCCGCACAGAGGAAGUCAUUAGCUCUCUCGAGCCCAUUGCUUCACAGAAUACUUUCGUCGCUGAGGCGUUCAUUAGCUCUCGAGAGUCAUCGCUUUCUCCAGCGAUCAUAUCAUCAGAUGAGUCCGAGUCCGAAUACGAGGAUGAAGACUCCGACUUUCCACCUUCACCACGAAAGCGCACGGCAGUCACAACUACACCAAAAGGCAACACCGAAUCGGGAAAUCAGGCCAUCGACCCCUUCAUCCCCUACCCGGCCCCAGCCCACCUCAUUGAAGCAUCUCGCAACGAGCCAGCACAAAAGAAAUGGCGAUUGUUCGAAGAAGAUGCAUGCAUCAAACACAUGCUGGACAUCCGUGACGAAGGAGUUCUACGAGGAGAAGCCCGCUUCGCUGAAGCUCAACGCCGCAUGAAGGACUUUGACGGGGUCGAAAAACCUGCCACCCACGCAGUCAAGAAUUUCUGGAACCGCUAUGGACGCGCGAGAAGUGGAUACGACGAGAGAAAGAUCAAGAGCGACGUGCUAGCGACAUCGCAACAAGCCAAGGGUUACAAGAGAAAAGCUGCAAUGUUGCGUAAACAGCGACGUGACAAGGCCACUGGUGAAGCCCAUCAGUCAAGCCCUGUCAUCAAAAAGCGCAAGAAUGACAACAGCGAUACCGACAGUGACGACAGCCAGGAUGAGUACCGACCAAGUGCCUCGAUCAAACGUUUGUGUACUGAGGCUUGAUUUCAACGGCGUCCGGUCAAUUUGGGCAAUGGGUCUUGAUUAUUGGCUGGUUGGAUGUCACUACGGCGUUGCAAAUGAAACAAGCACUGGAGUUGG